AUGGCUCUUUCCAGGUCUCAGAAGGCUCAACGCUAUCGACAACGCGGCAAUUCACGACCUACCAAGAGACCCAAGUAUAGAAAUGAACCGUGGCGCAAUCAGAGCUCUGAUGAAUCCGACUCAGACCUUUCAAGUUUAACAUCUUCAUCCGAUUGCGAGUCACAAAGUGAAUCAGAACUUGAUGAAACUAACAACUCUGAAGAUAAAGCUGAAUCCAAAGUUGAAGUCAUAUCUCAAUCUCAAUCCAAAGACUCUAUCCCUCACCCGCCCCAGAAAGUUGUCAAGACCUCUCGUCAAAUUGCUGCGAUUGACCAGAAAUGGGAGAUUCUCAAAGAUGCCAUCGAAGAGGCUGCAGCUUACUAUGAUGAUUACAAAACAUUGAACUCGAAGGCUAUCCAACAAUUUGAUGAACUUUCAGAGUUACGAGAUUUCAAUUACACACGAAGAGAAAUGGAACUUGCUAGAAAAGGGACUGCGUCCAUGGAUGCCUCAAUUGCAACGAUUAAGAUAUGA